AGCGCUGAACGCAGCCGCACGUGUGUUCGCGCCAAAAUACCAGUCAGUUGAAACGCGUAUACUCUGUGGAUGAUUUGACAGUGAAAGUUUGUGUGUUAUUUUUUUUUGUGUGAGAAAACUUUUUGGAUUUUACGUAACAAGAGGGUUACAAUGGGCCGUUGUUUGAGGCGAAAUCAAUGCGCGGCCGACCCCUUCCCUCCAACAAAAGAGCUCAAUAUAACUUAAACACGUGACAAAAUGUGAAAAUAUGAGAUUGAACGUCGACAUCGUACUGAGGGAGCACCAGAAUUUCACGUUGGACUUCAGAGAGCUAUCCACUUCGAUGUAUCUCACCGACAGCUACGUGAACCACUCCCUGGAAAUCAACGCAACCACCAAUGACAUCAUCUACAGCAACCAGUUCGAGGAUGAGGCGUUCUUCGUCUUCCUCGCCAUCUUGAAAUGCAUCAUCAUGCUGUUCAUCAUAACAGCUGCGAUAUUCGGCAACCUGCUGGUCAUAGUAUCCGUCAUGAGGCACAGGAAGUUACGGGUGAUCACAAAUUACUUUGUCGUCUCCCUGGCUCUGGCGGACAUGCUUGUGGCAAUCUGGGCAAUGUGCUUCAACUUUAGUGUAGAAAUCACCAACGGGGAGUGGCUCUUUGGGUACUUCAUGUGUGACGUGUGGAACUCAUUGGACGUGUAUUUUUCUUCAGCUUCCAUUCUGCACCUGUGCUGUAUAAGCGUGGACAGAUACUAUGCGAUUGUUCAGCCGCUGGACUACCCUUUGAUAAUGACCACAGCUAGACUGGGAGUGAUGUUAGCGGUGGUCUGGUGUAGUCCAGCCUUAGUCUCGUUUCUACCAAUAUUCAUGGGCUGGUACACGACGGUGGAGCACUUGGACUUUAGGAAAAAACACCCAAAGGUGUGCAGCUUUACUGUGAACAGAAUAUAUGCUGUGAUAUCGAGCAGUGUCAGCUUCUGGAUACCUGGAGUGAUAAUGCUGUUCAUGUACUAUAGGAUAUACGUGGAGGCUGAUCGGCAGGAGAGGAUGUUGUAUAGGAGUAAGGUAGCAGCGCUCCUCCUGGACAAACACCUUCAGAUCAACGGGAUAUCCGUGGGGGAGGUGAUGAGGGAACGGCAGAGCAUCCAAAUGCAACCUAUGGCCAGCAAGAUGAAGAGGGAGAGGAAAGCAGCAAGGACCCUGGGCAUCAUCAUGUCCGCAUUUUUAGCGUGCUGGCUACCGUUUUUCUUAUGGUAUAUUAUAACAGCGCUAUGCGGCGAAGCCUGCCCCUCCCCCCCUCCAGUGGUGGCCGCGGUCUUCUGGGUGGGGUACUUUAAUUCAGCGCUGAACCCACUCAUCUAUGCCUAUUUCAAUAGGGACUUUAGGGCGGCGUUCAGGAAGACAUUGGAUUCUUGUUGCAGGUCAAUGUGCGGCAAUAUCGGGCGGCGGUACUGCGCGCACAUGCAGCGGCGCGAGCAACACCACUCCAACACGUCAGAUAUGCACAACCACUGCGUCAAGUCAACUUCCGCAGACGUGUUGCGGCAGGCCACCUUCUCACGCCCUGAAGAUAUUGUAUUUGAUACUUGAGUAUAAUAAGAAGAAAGAAGAACCGAGAU